AUGAUCGACUCGCUUGACACCAUCCAACCAGAUGUUCAGUUCCAGGGUUGUUGCGGUGUGCAGCAGCAACAACAACAGCAACAACAACAACUACAGCAACAAAAGCGACAGCAACAACAACGACAACAUGCUCGAAAUGCAAGCAUGCCAAUUGCCAGCAACAUCAGCAACAAGAGCAACACCAGCAAUGCCUGCCUCCGCGACCCCGCUACCACGCCCAUCGACAACUGGCACCCUUUGCUUUAUUCUUCAGCAGCCAUCGCCCACACCAAUGCCAGCGACUGCAGCGGGGCCAACCUUACUGCAGCUGCAGCUGCAGCAGUUGCUGUUGUUGCUGCUGCUUGCUGUGUGGCAUCUUCUGCAAAAGUUUCCCAUGAACUGAUGGCGCCCUCUUUGCUGAAUGGGCGAUUGGCCGUGUGA